AUGGAGUCAAUCGUGUGGUGUCUGUUGAUCGCAUCUUGGCUAAGUUUGUUCCUGUUUCGUGGCAGCUCGGCUAGCAGCGCCAAGCCAGCAGUGAAACGGGGCAAGAAUGAAAAGGAGGUGGUGGACUACCAUGACAGCGCUGUCACCAGUUUUCUUGACAGGCUUGGCGUGCCACAAGAGCGGCAUUUGGAAGCCUGCUUCGUGCCGUGUGGAGGCUUCAUGGUGAACGGGCAGAUUUCCGAAUACGAGAAUGAUGUGUGCUACGGAAAGAUGCUUGAGAUGCAUCGAGCAACGCAUGACAAGGAGCUCGACAAAUCGGCAGAUUACCCCUACGGGAGCUAUUUCGUUGGCAAGAAGCGUUUGUGGGAAACUCGCGUGCAGUUGAAGUUCAAAAAGCCCCCGAUUCAGUCUGAAAUGUUUUUCGGCAUCGAGCUGGAGAAGUAUGUGCCAAUGUCCAGAUCCGUCAAGCGGACAAUGGAUGGAGUAGUUCGCAUGUUGAAGGGUGUGGUGGGAAACCAAAUAUACCACAGCGUGGGCGAAAACCCGGAGGAAUGUGCGGAUUCGGCAGAGCUCGAGAUGCCUACGUUUGUGAUGCCAAUGUGGGCAUUCGAUCAGUACAUCGUCACAGCUGAAGGAGAAGUUCCGCCAGAACUGGAUGACGAGUGCAUCCCAGAGUUAGGUUCGAAACGCUCCGGCAGAGUCUCGGAGUUUCGAAAAGAACUCGACAACAUGGUGUUCGAGGUUGGCCCGACUUAUACACUCUGCUUCUGGGGCAUCUCCCAGUGGCUGGACAAGCUGAACUGGCAGCUCAAGCUGCCUCUUCUUGGUCGACUUCACAUGGAUCAGUUUGCUGGCUCACCACCGGUGCAUGUUGUCAUUUACACCCUCAACAGAUCGCAUGAUGGGGAUGAUAAAAGACAUCUCAAUUCCAGGAAGCAGUACUAUCUCAAUGUUGCGUUCUGGAGCUCCAAAGAAAGGCCUCGCGGUGAGCGUGUCAUGGAGCUCCUUGGUGCCGCAACACAAGCGCUGGAUCCAAGCCGGUUCAGCCCGCGCAUGGGCGGACUAUCCCCAGUGAAGAGGCGAGCAGAUGCAGGUGUCGCCUCCAGUUGGCUGGCCUGCUGCGCGGGGCACUGA